AUGGGUGACGAUUAUCAACCUCAAGUUAUAUCAAGGAUAGAAAAUAUUACGGAGCAAGAUGAUAAAAAUCUAGCAGGAGCCACAAAAGAAAUAAGGAAUGAAUUAACAGUUAUUAUACCCGAAAACCCGUUCCCAGACAUCGAAGUUGAUGCGUAUCCACCGUUAAAAUUCUCGUGGGUGAUUCCGAAAAAGAUUGCAGCCAUGGCGUUUCCCAGGAAUAAAGAGAAUUUGAAGUUUUUAAUUAAUCAAGGUAUUACGCAUUUGGUCACUCUGACAGCUGGUAAGAAGCCUCCAGUGGAUGAUAUGCCGAGGUUGAGGUGGACUGAAAUUCCCGUCGAAGAAUUCGAAGUGCCCAACGUAGAACAAAUUAAACAAUUUAUCGAAGUCUGGUCACUGGACGCGGAGGAACACGAGGAGGCUGUGGGGAGGUACUUCGAGUACUUGACAGAGGACAACCCUCUGAGGUUCGGAGUAAGCUGUGACGUCAUGGAGGAAUUCAUACAAGCCGCCAAGGAAAGCACUAAGAAGGUGCUCGAUUGA